AUGUCUUCGUUCUUCUCCAAAGCGGCAUCGAGUCCGCAUGCACAACUAGCUGCCACGGCGGUGUUGUCAGGCGCGACGGUGGCAUGUCUCAUUUUCGGAUACCAAGCAUUCGAAAGAAAGGAACGCAUCGAGCACUUGAAAAGGUCCAUCCCGUCGUCUUCUAUAGAAGCCGCAAAUCUCACCCACUUCGGCGCCGCGUCGCCCCCUAUCGACAAGGAGGAUGCUCGCAACCAGGCUCUCGCGAGGAGGGCGCAGGCCGGCGACUUUGACGAGGAGCUCAUCCUGGAGCAGCUGGCCCGCAACAGGGUGUUCCUGAAGGACGAGGGUCUGCAAAAGCUGCGCAACUCGUUCGUCAUCGUCGUCGGCUGCGGCGGCGUCGGCUCCCACUGCACCGCCGCCCUCGCCCGCUCCGGCGUCUCCAAGCUCCGCCUCAUCGAUUUUGACCAGGUCACCCUCAGCUCGCUCAACCGGCACGCCGUGGCCACCCUCGCCGACGUCGGCAUCCCCAAGGUCCAGUGUCUCUACCGCCGCCUCAUCGCCAUCGCCCCCUGGGCCAAUUACGAGCUCAAGAACCAAAAGUUCGAAGGCGCCGUCGCCGAGCAGCUCCUCGCCCCCUGGGGCGGGGACGGCCAGAAGCCCGACUACGUCGUCGACGCCAUCGACAACAUCGACACCAAGGUCGCCCUGCUCAAGUACUGCCACGACCAUGGCAUUCCCGUCAUCUCCAGCAUGGGUGCCGGCGCCAAGGGCGACCCGACCCGUGUGAACGUGGGUGAUAUCGGGGCCAGCACCGACGACGGGCUGUCGAGGGCCACCCGCAGGAAGCUGAAGCUGCAAGGCGUUACCGGCGGGAUCCCCGUCGUCUACUCGACCGAGGUGGCCGGCGAGGGCAAGGCCGCCCUGCUGCCGCUGUCCGAGGACGAGUUCAAGAAGGGCACCGUCGGCGAUCUCAGCGUCCUGCCCACGUUCCGAGUGCGAAUCCUCCCCGUCCUGGGCACCAUGCCCGCCGUCUUUGGCUACGUCGCCGCGAACCACGUCAUCCUCAGCAUCUCCGGUUACCCCCACGACUACGUCCCGGCGAAGAACCGCGACAAGCUGUACACGGACGUGGUGGCGUUUGUGCAGGGCUCCGAGACGAGAAUCGUGCACCACCGGUACGGCAUCGAGGAGUCCAAGGGCCUCCGCAUCCCCGUCUCGCUCGGCGACGCGGCGUUCCUGACCGAGGAGCUGUGGAAGGGGCGUAGCGCGGUGACGGGCCUCAUCAACCGGCUCGUGCUCGUACGGUGGAGGCGGCCCUCGGGCCCGACGAAGAUGCGGAUCGGCGAGGGCGCCGAGGAGCAGAAGUGGUCCAACGUCCGGUUCCGCGACCUGGUCUGCAUGACGCGCGACGAGGCCCUCCGCCACGAGAAGGAGUACCUCAAGAAGGACGAUACCAAGCUGGAGGACCUGUACGAUGCCGAGGUGAUUGCGCGGGUCGAGGAGAGGCUGAAGGAGGCGGUCGAGGUGGAGAAAUAUAGACUAUAG